GCCCUGGUGCUGAUCGAGGUUGCCGAUCUCCUCUUGUCUGGCGAAGAGACCGUCAUGAAGUCUCUGAAGCAGGCCCUCGCGGAUCGAUUCAAGUUCGGGAAAUGGAAGGAGCGUGAGGCCGAUUACGCUGGAAGACGUCUCUGCCAACUGCCCGAUCGAAUUGUCGUGGAUCAGGAGAAAUAUAUUCGGGAGCAGCUUUCGACCAUGUUCUUGGGGAAGGAUCGUCGGUCUCAGGUCGAGUCGCCGCCCAGUCGGGAAGAGAUCAGCUCUUGCCGCGCGAUGGCGGCGCAAGUUCAAUGGCUUGCACGUGAAUCUCGCCCAGACGUUGCUGGGUCAGCAUCGUUGCUAGCGGCUGCGCUGCCCGCGCCUUGUUUGGCGGAUGCGCUUGCACUGAUCAAGGUUUGCAAGUUCCUGCAAGCGUCGCCUGAGCAGAGACUCACGAUCUGGAACUUGGAUCCUGCCUCGGUCACUUUUGUUACUGCGAGUGACGCUGGUGGGCCCGGAAGUGCGCGCCGUGGUGGGGCCCGAGGGGCCUGGAUCAUCAUGGCUGCGGACUCGGUCAUGCGCGACAACCGUCGCGCGCGCGUGAGUGUUUUAGCGUGGAGAUCGCUGCGCAUGAAGAGAGCGGUGUCCAGCGCCGUGGCUGCUGAAACUCUGGCUUUGUCGGGGGCCACGGGAGAGGCUCAGUGGAUCCAUGUGCUCCGGCGCGACGCGGUGUUUGAGGGCGUUCCUAGGCCGGCUUGGUUUGAUAAUCAGCGGCCUUUCGCCGUAAUGUUGGCUAGCGACUGCCAGUUGGGAGAUGCGGCCUCAGGGCUGUCUGUGGUAGACGCUAAGUCGGUGUUCGACGGCACCUUGGUGCUCGUGGGCGAGCACGGACACUUGGACGAGCGCUCGCUCAACGCGAGUCUGAAGUCGAGGUCAAGAGGCGCCGGCCGGAAGAUGCUGGACGCCGCAGAGUCGGGAGCUCCGGGGCUCGAGGGCCCCGUUUGGAUCUCUCUCGGGGAAGACGGUGACACCUUGGAGGACCCCGAGGUGGUGGACCCGGCGCGGGGCAAGGCCGGGUACGGACGGAGGGGGGAGGGAGGAGAAGAUCUGGGACGAGGCUACGACUCGGGGGGCGCGGAUAGCUUCAAGCCCGCGAGAAUUUGGCCCGCUGUCCCCCCAAUCUAA